AUGAAAUCUACUAAAUCUAAAUUUAAUAAACAAGCCUCCAUAAUGGAUAUGUUUUCUAAACAACUUGCAAAGAAAAAACAGGCAACUUAUGAUAGAAAUAAUGAACAAGAACUACAAGAAUUACAAAAUAUUAAAACAGGAGAUGAUCCAUUGACAAAAAAUGAAGAAGAUAAAGAAAAUCAUAAUUCAGAGGCAAACCAAACAUCUGCAGAUGAACAUCUUGCAAAAAAAAUCAAAGUUGAAGAGAGUAUAAUUCCUUUGAAAGAUGAAAUUAAAAAGGCAAAUGUGUUCCCCAAUAAAUGUGAAUACUGUCGUCAAAAAUUAAAUGAAAUCAAAUUUUAUCCAGGCCAUCCAAAUGGUGCUGUAGAUGAAGAUAUUGCUUUAACUGAUCCAAAAUUAUGUUUAUUUAAUGGAGAUGAAUCUUUUAUACAUGAAAGUGAUGAACACCCUCAAAAUAAAAUAACUUAUUUUAGUGUUUAUGAUAAAAAUGGUCACUUGAGUGCUUUUGACACUGGACUUAUAGAAAGAAAUGUUAUGUUAUAUUUCUCUGGUUAUGUGAAAGCUAUUUAUGAAGAUGAUGCAUCACCAGAGGGUGCAGUACCAGUGAAAGAUAUGGGCCCAAUAAAUGAGUGGUAUGUAUGUGGCUUUGAUGGAGGAGAACUUGCACUUAUAGGUUUUAGUACAGCCUUUGCUGAUUACAUUCUAAUGGAACCAUCUGAAGCAUAUGCUCCUUUUAUGGAUUUAGUUAGAGAAAAAAUAUAUAUGAGUAAAUUGGUUAUCGAGUUUCUCUUAAAUGAAGUUAGCCCCAGCUAUGAAGAUUUGCUCAAUAAACUUCAAACAAUAGUACCACCUACAGGCAUGACACAAUUUACUGAGGAUUCUCUAUUAAGACAUGCACAGUUUAUAUGUGAUCAAGUAUUAUCAUUUGAUGAUUGUGCUGAACCAGAAGAUAUUCCUUUAAUUACAAGUCCUUGUAUGCGAGCAUUAGCAAAUCUUGCAGGUGUUACAUUAGGAAAGAGAGGAGCUCUCCGUCGAACACAGCGCAAAGCACAAAAAAUUAAUAAACCUGUUUGGACAAAAGCAACAACUACACAAUUAGUUAGUGAUAUGUUUGAAAAUAUUUUUGCAGAUCAAUUGAUUAAACAUGAUGAUAAAAUAACAAUGGGACCUAAAAGACAAAGAUGUGGAAUAUGUGAACAUUGUCAACAACCUGAUUGUGGUCUCUGUAAUAAUUGUAAGGAUAUGAUUAAAUUUGGAGGAACUGGAAGAAGUAAGCAAGCUUGCAUUAAAAGAAGAUGCCCAAAUAUGGCUAUUCAAGAAGCAGAUGAUUCUGAUCCAGAAAAUGAAGAUUAUUAUGAAAUGAUUGGAGAAGAAGAAAAUAAAAAAAAGCUUUUUAAAGAACUUGAAAAAAAUAUUGUAUGGGUGGGAGAUCAAGUUGCUGUUGAUAAUCAAAGAACCUUUUACAAAUCUGUUCUUGUGGGUAGUGAAAAAAUAGAUAUAAAUGAUUAUGUACUUGUGGAACCAAAAAAUUCAGCAAUUCCAUUACAUGUUGCUAAAGUUAUUUAUAUGUGGGAAAACAAGAAUGGUAUAAAACAAUUUCAUGCAAACUGGUUUCAUAGAGGAAAUGACACUAUUCUUGGAGAAACAUCAGAUCCUAUAGAAUUAUUUUUGAGUGAUAACUGUGACAAUGUACCCUUUAAAUCUGUUAGAUCUAAAUGUACAGUUAUUUUUAAAAAAAUACCAGAAAAUUGGACCGAGUUAGGUAAUAUGGUUUUAAAUUCUGAAGAUGAUAUAAAAAACAUCGACGGUAAAACAUUUUUUUAUCAGAAACGUUACGUAUCUGAAACAGCCAGAUUUGAAGAUCCACUACCUGAUCCAGAAUUCUUUCAUAAAGCAAAUAAUCAUCGGUUUUGCCCUGCUUGUGUUCGUUUAAAUACAUUAGAGCAAUUCAAUGUACCAAAGGUAUAUGAGCGGUUAGAAGAAAAAAGUAGCAGGGAAAUUAUUUAUGGUCUAGUAAAAUAUAAAGGAGAAGAAUAUAGGGUUGGUACAGCUGUAUUUUUACAACCAAAAGCUUUCAAUUACAAAUAUAGAAUUUCGUAUCAAGAUAUUUCAAAACUAAAAAAGGAGAAUGUGGAUGAAGAUAUGUAUCCUGAAUUUUAUAGGAAGUCUUCUGAUCAUGUGAAGGGUUCAAAUUUUGACACCCCUGACCCAUUUUGUGUAGCAUAUAUAAAUGAAAUAUAUGCUAGUGUAAACGACAUGAUAGUUUCACCUUCUGAUAUUUAUAUUAAAGUGAAUAAGUUAUACAGACCAGAAAACACACAUAGGGAUCAUGCAUUAAUGGAGCAAGCAGAUUUAAAUAUGGUUUAUUGGAGCGAUGAAGUGUACAAUAUCAAAUUUACUGAAGUUGUUGGAAAAUGCUAUCUUGUUUAUUCUGAAAAUAUAAAUGAACCUCUUGAUGAGUGGACUGCUGCAGGACCAAAUCGUUUUUAUUUUAAUGAAGCUUACAAUGUGCAGGAAAAAACGUUUGAUGAACCACCGUAUCGUGCUGUUAUCAUUGGUAAAUCUGGUAAAAGCAAAGGUAACCAAAAGUUGAAAGGGAAGAAAACAGACGAAUAUGAAAAAAAAGCACUCGUUAAUAAACCCGUUGAAUAUAAUACAAUAUCAAAAAAAUUAAAAACAUUGGAUGUAUUUGCUGGUUGCGGUGGAUUAUCUGAAGGUUUACAUCAAGCUGGUGUAGCUGAAAGUCUUUGGGCUAUAGAGAAAGAAGUACCAGCUGCUUAUGCAUAUCGGUUAAAUAAUCCUAAUGCAGCAGUAUUUAUAGAAGAUUGUAAUAUAUUAUUACAGAAAGUUAUGGAUGGUAAAGUAGCAGAUGAAAUUGGUCAAAAGCUUCCUCAAAAAGGUCAAGUAGAAUUAUUAUGUGGUGGUCCACCAUGUCAAGGUUUUAGUGGCAUGAAUCGUUUCAAUUCACGACAAUACUCUUUGUUUAAAAACUCCCUUGUUGUUUCUCUUUUAUCAUAUUGUGAUUACUAUAGACCUAAUUUCUUUGUGAUGGAAAAUGUUCGAAAUUUUGUAUCUUUUAAAAGGAGUAUGGUCCUAAAACUAACAUUACGAUGUUUAGUACGCAUGGGUUAUCAAUGUACAUUUGGUAUUCUUCAAGCUGGAAAUUAUGGAGUACCUCAAACAAGACGAAGAAUGAUAAUCCUAGCUGCUGCACCAGGACAAAAACUACCAAAAUAUCCAGAACCGACACAUGCGUUUAGUAAACGCGCUUGUCAAUUAAGUGUCUUAGUUGAUAAUAAAAAGAUACUGAUGAUCAAUGUAAAAGAUGCAAUGUUUGAUUUACCAGAAAUUAAAAAUGGAUGGAACAAAGAAGAAAUGCCAUAUAAUAAUGAGCCAAUAUCACAUUUCCAAAGAAAAAUGAGAGGAAAGCAAUAUCAACCAGUAUUAAAAAAUCACAUAUGCAAAGAAAUGGCACCUCUUGUAGAAGCUAGAAUGGCACAUAUCCCAAUUGCUAGUGGUUCCGAUUGGCGUGAUUUACCAAAUAUUGCUGUAAGGUUGCAUGAUGGUACUUAUUCUAAAAAAUUGGAAUAUACUUAUGAUGAUAAAAAGGCUGGAAAAAAUUCUAUGGGAGGAUAUCGUGGAGUAUGUAGUUGUUGUACAGGAAAAUCAUGUGAUCCUAUAGAUCGACAAUUUAAUACACUAAUUCCAUGGUGCCUACCUCACACAGGAAAUCGUCAUAAUCAUUGGGCAGGUUUAUAUGGCAGAUUAGAAUGGAAUGGAUUUUUUAGUACAACUAUUACAAAUCCUGAACCUAUGGGAAAACAAGGGCGUGUAUUACAUCCGGUACAAACUCGGGUAGUAAGUGUUCGUGAAUGUGCCAGAUCUCAAGGAUUUCGUGAUUCAUUUCGUUUUUAUGGCUCUAUACUUGAUAAACAUCGUCAAGUUGGAAACGCAGUUCCUCCGCCACUCGCAGUAGCUAUUGGUUAUGAAAUAAGAAAAUGUAUACGAAACAAAGAAGUGAUGGCUGGAAGCGAUUCAGAAAUUAAAAGUUAA